AUGGCAGCAAAGGGUCUCACGAACCUCUCCCCAUCCUCUCCUCCUCCUCCUCCAACAUCCAAGCAGUAUGGCAUCACGAUCAAUGCGGCGACCAAGGCCGACGCCGCCGUCCUGGCCGAGAUAGGGGGCCGGGGAUGGCCCAUGACGCUGCCCCCCGCGACAGACCUGACCACGCCCACGAUCCCGCAGGCCGAGAUCGACGCCUACCUGAAGGCGAACUGGAACACAGAAGUGAUCGAGGCCCAGCUAGGUCUAGACAACAACGCCACGUUGGUUGCGCGCGAUGGGAACGGGAAGCCGGUGGGCAUGGCGACGAUGGUCAGGCGGGAGCUGAUCAUGGGGCUGCGGCUGCCCAGUUUUCGCCCCGUUGGUGACGGGGAGAACCGGGGUGCUGGUGGUGAUACUGGAAGCAGCGCCCAUGGCGGUACUGACGAUAUCGAUUCCGGAUGGACACAAGAAGAGGCCGACUGGGCCAGUCUGUAG